GAAUUGCAUUCUGUUGUAGCAAUACUCAACCUCCAGUCUGCAUUCAUCUGCUGACUAAAGCCUGUGCUCAGACGAGGAAUCACUGACCCUGUGAACAUUACUACGAUUUUAAAGAAGACUAAAUCAUCUUUCAUCCUGUCUGAGGACAGGCAGUCUGUGGGGUCCGACCCUCCCCAGGAUUUGGGGUCAGUCCACUGGCAGCCCACUAGCCUGGGUGAGUCCUGGGCGUCUGUAAGCAACAUGGAGCCCGAUCUCAGAAGUCUGGAUACCAGUGAGAUGUUUCUCCUGCAAGAGGACCACAGUGAAAACCACUCCUCCACCUCUGACAUCAUCAAUCUGGAGGCGGAGCCACAUGAAAGGGCGGAGUCAGAUGAUGAAGACCUCCAGUGCAGUGUUUUAAGCAUUGAUAAGGAGCUGGCGGAGAUUGAAGCACGUGUCUUUUCUCCAUGUGAAUCAGAUCUCAGGCCUCCACAAGCGGUGGAGCUUUUAAUGUGUGUGGAGGAGCCAAUAGUUCAGGAAAUUGGGUCAGAAACAGCUGCUGAGCCAGUCUUCACGCACACGCCUCUUCUGUCUGAGCCUUUAGAUUUUACCCUGGCUUCAGUUCCCAUUCCUGAAAUCAUCUCGCAGGUUUUAGAGCAUCUCCCACAGUCUGAUGAAUCAAAUAUCGCUGAAUCUGAUGCUCUGAGCGUGUCUCGCCAUAACACAGCGUCUCCUGCAGAAGAGGUCACACCCAAGCCAGACUCCAUUUCCAGCUCAGCUUUUGAACUUCCUGUGCUGCUGGUUGGUGGCGCCGCCCUGGUGGCGGUGGUGGGAGUGCUCACAUACACCUUAAGUAGAAAAUAGCACAACUGUGUGUCUUUUAAAAGUUUCAGUAUUGUUCAACAACUCAACAAACUGUAUGGUUGAUAACUUGAUUUACAAAAAUACAAUGUUAUUAUUAAAGAUCA